AUGCCGCUCAGUAAACUUUUCAAGCCCGCUUCAUCACAGCAUAACCAGCAUGCAACAACGAUGAUAAUGCAAGAUACCUCAUCCACCAGAAUUCUAUCACGCGAAUUUCCACCAUUGCCACAUACAGCAUCGUCUCCUUCUGAUCUCUUGGAUAUGGUGGGUCAUCCUCAGCAACAAAAGCAGCUUAUGGAUUAUACUCAGCCUUACGUGCAUGAACGAAUGAACGAUGCGAUUUCAUCUCCACAACUAUUGGUCAUCCCCAAAAAGAUAUCAAAAACGUCGUCAUCCACGGGCGGUGAUAAUGGAUCGUUUUGCGAAAGAGCUCAGAUUACAGAUAAAGAAAGCACGGUGGAGAACUGCGGACCAACGAAUGAGGAAUCGGAUGCAGCAACAUCUCAAUAUAGCAACAACACCAUUGCAUGGAUCGAACAACUAGUCCAUAUCUAUCGCCAACGAGAAGCUGAUUGGGUGAGAAGAGAGGCUAUUUAUCGUACACGAGAAGCAUGGCUGUGCCAACGACUGCGUGAAGCAGAGGAGGAACUCAAAUGGUGGACUACUCGUUAUCACAACGAUGAUCAAGCUUUAUGUCAUGUGGAGGGCGAGGAGGAGGACUCUGAUGGUGACGAUGAUGAUGGUGGGGAUAGCAAUGCCAAUGUGUCACCCGAUCGAGCCUUGUAUGACACCCUAUCGGAAAACGUUUCGGAUGAAGGUUCAGUAACACCAAAGAGACAUCAUCCCAGCCGCCAUUGUUAUGGAUGGUCAACUACAACAACAGCCGCCGUCGAUCCAACGCCAUCAUUUCAUUAUCCAAAUCACGCCUAUUACUAUUAUGGAUCACCCUAUCAACAAAGCCAAGAUACGAUGAUGCUGGAUUAUACUUCAAAUGCUUGGCACAAUAGAAAGUGGUAUAGUCGUUGGCGAAGUUUGGCACCACCACCACCACAUCCAACAAGGCGGAGACGUUUGCAACCUAUUACUGCUGCGAGAAACUUAAUCCUUUAG